AUGGCGUCAACUGGCAGCGAGACAGCUGCUACGCAGUCCACUGUCGAACAAACAGAUGUUGCCCAUGUCAACAUUCCCGAAAGCUCUCAAGCAGACGGCGCAGAAGUGAGUGGAGCUCAACCGGCUAUCACAGAGCCAGAAAUCAAUCAGCCGAUAUCCACUCAACCAGAGCCAAACAUACUCGAGCCCACGAGAAACGAUCCAACUCAUCUCCCGGAGCCAGUCGUCAGCCAAUCUGACAAAGCGUCACCCACAAAAACAUCUCGUGCAACAAAGCUACCAUUUCUCGCGAAUAUUUUGAAGUCCCCAACCACUUCACUCAAAUCGGGGGCCGCCCCAGCAGCUCCUAGCUCAACCUCCGAGAUAUCUCAAAACCCUCAGGCUAUUGAUGCAGUCUCCAGUGAACAGAAUGGCGCAUCCAAUGAAGCCAUGGAGGGUUCAGAGCCAGCCACUUCAAGGAUCCCGCUUCUCGCGGCUUUGCGAAACAGGGGGUCGCCGUUGAAGCGGAACUCCACUCAAUCCGAUCGCAACGAAACGACCAUCCGCGAGCCUAUCUCCGAUCAAGCUCCCACCUUGCCACAGCUCUCUGCUCACUCGCCACUCAACCAACAGACAGAGAUGGCUUCUACGGCCCAGCCAAUGCCCAAUGAGCCUUCAUUCUCAACCGCAACUCCACCAGCAUCGGAAGCGGCCGAGUCAACACCAGUCAAGCAUCCGUUUCUAGCCAAUAUCAAGACCAAGAGAAACUCGUUUCAGCAAAGAUUCGCUAAGCCAGCCAACGUGGCCCCAGUGGAUCCAAUUGUUGCUCAAGCUGCUACCAUUCCUCCAAGUGCUGCUACUCCUCCACCUCUUAUCAUACCGACCCGGCCACCAAGAAAAGCUGCGACACCUGAAGCUACCGGGGCGGCGUCCAAGUCAACCAAAGACUCGGUCAUCGAAUCUCUGAGGGCGAAAAGACAGGCUGCAUUCCAGUCAAAGGCUUCUCCGCCACCAGCGUCCAACCCGAUUGACACAACUGAGUCAGAGCCAGCAACAACAGAGACAAAUGCUACACAGCCUGCGGCUGCUUCACCGGCUCCUCCGACUCUCGUUAUCCCGACUAGACCACCCCGAAAGACGAAUGCGUCCGGCGCAGCACCCAAAGCUACCAAAGGCUCGCUCAUGGGGUCGCUGAAAGCUAAGGGACAAGCUGCAUUCCAAACGAAGGCCGCUCCAGCAACAGAGCCAACUGCCGCGCAGCCGGAUCCUGCACCAUCAAGCACAGAACCUCCGGCCCUUGUUAUCCCAACUCGGCCACGCCGACAGCAGAAUACAUCCGAGCCCGUCAAAGCCCCUGGGUCCUUCAUAGGUGGCCUGACAGCCAGGAGAAAGGCUGCUUUCAAGUCAAAAUCCACUGAGCCAGCCAAUUCCGAGCCGGCAAUUGCAGAGUCGGGCCCUGAACCAGCAGCUGUGACUACCGUCCCCCAUGCUGCUGCCCCUUCAGCUCUCAUCAUCCCAACUCGACCGCCUCGCCAGGCCGCAACGCCCGCAACAUCAACGCCCUAUCGUCUUCCUUUCCUUCCCGCCAAGAGAGCUCGUCAACCCUCGACCCCCGUACCAAAUGCUGCAGCUCUGCCCGCCGCCAUGCUCGCGCCGGUCACUCUUGUCUACCCACCCCCGUCCACAAACCCCCUCUUCCAACCUCUCCCAACGUACGGACCAACAACACUCAAAAAUCGUAUCAAAUGGCAGCUACUCCAGGCCUUAUCCACAAUCAUGUCCACAUUAGGCAUCAGUGCCAUUGCUGCCGCCUUCAUCCUCAGAGCCUUGGUCCGUGCUAUCACACGUCGCAUCAGACGACAGAAGAAACAGCCUCGGAUCUUCGAACGGGAAGAGAAGCGGAGAGCCGAGCUGCGCAGACUCGACGAUCUAUCUUGGACCAAACGCGAACUCCAGGCCAAGUCCGCGUUCCCCGAGAUUGCCAACUCAGUGGACCUCGAUUCCCAAUCCACCAUUGCCGCACACAAUGGGUACAUACCCACCGAGGGCGGACCGGACAAGUUCAUCGUCGACGUCGCAUACUACGCCAGACGUGUCGGUCUGAACAGCGAAGAGGUCAGGGUUCAAACGGAAGACGGUCACGUCCUCACACUCUGGCACGUUUACGACCCCCGCGAAUAUACUCCCAUGACGCGAGCCCAGCGCAUGAUCCGCGGUCCGGAGAGCAUUGACGAGAUCAGGGCUCCCAGCCGACCUAUUCAAGGUGCCAAGGGAGGAGGCGAAAAGCUGAAGCAGAAGUAUCCGCUGUUGUUGAUCCCCGGUCUUUUGCAGAGCGCCGGUAUCUACUGCACGAACGAUGAGCACUCGCUUGCGUUCUGGCUGUGCAAGCAAGGCUACGACGUCUGGCUGGGUAACAUGAGAAGUGGAUUCAAGCCAGAGCAUAUCGACCUCAAGCGCGGCGACCCGAAGAUGUGGAACUGGGACAUCCGCCACAUGGCGACCCUCGACCUGCCAGCCCUAACUGCACGCGUCCUCUCCGAAACCUCUUGCGAGAAGCUCGGCUUGAUCGCCCACUCCCAAGGCACCGCCGCCUCCUUGAUCGCGGUCUCCAAGCUCCAGCGCCCAUCCCUCGGCGUCCAUAUCUCCGUCCUCUGCUGCCUUGCCCCAGCCGCCUACGCAGGGCCUGACCUGAACAAGCCGCACUUCAAGAUCAUGCGCGCCAUGUCCCCCUCCCUCGCGCGCAAGACAGUCGGCGUGAAAGCCUUCCUGCCGGGCCUACGCCUCGCCCAGCUGGCACAAGGCCGCGUGCCUCAGAAGUACCUCGGCGGGCCCACGUACCAGAUCCAGAAGCAGCUCUUCGGCUGGACGGACGAGCGCUGGGACCGCGGAGUGCGUGACCGCAACUUCAUGUUCUCGCCGACGGUCAUCUCCGCGACCGCCAUGCUGUGGUGGCUGUCGUCCUCCGGCUUCGCGGCCCAUGGCUCCAUCCUCGCGCCCAAGAGCCAGGUGCAGCGCGAGCUCGAGGAGGAUCUGCUGCAGGACUAUUUCCGCAACCUGCCCAGCAAGAUCAGCGAGGAUCUAGCCACGAGCCUGCUGGAGAAACACGUGAAUCAACCGACGCAGGUAGAGAGCUGGUUCGAUGAGCGGAGUCCCCCCAUGGCGUUCUGGGCACCGGGAGAGGACACGUUGUGUGAUGGACAGGCUUUGAUCAACCGGUUCGAGAGAGGCCGGGAGCCGGAUGCGCGCGUGCUGGGUGCGACGGUGCUGGAGGAUAUGGGUCAUUUGGAUGUAGUGUGGGCCGUGGAUGUCAUUGAGAAGGUGGGCACCGGACUGAGGGAUACGGUGUGGAAGUCUUUGGGGAAGAAGGAGAGAGAUAUAUUCAGGAUGCCUGCUGGGUGUGAGGGUGUAGAGUUAUGGGUUGAUGACCGAAGGGUCAGUGAGAAGGAGAAGGAGGCGGAGGAGGAGGAGGCGGCUCUAUACGAUAUUUCGUCUGGGUUAUAUUACCUUCGUGCCGAGGGUUUCGCAUCCCUCGACUUCUUACGGAGGUACGGAGGUACGGAGUACACCCGCAAAGAGCAAGGGACGCGCACAGGCAUCUGGUUCAGCUUCAAUGGCUUUGCCCAGAUCUCUGGAGGGCUGUUGGCCUACGGGAUAUCCACCGGGGUCAAGAAACACGGCGCUACAAUUGACAGCUGGGAGAUUGUGUUUCUGGUCAUCGGCCUGAUUACCGUCUUGGUGGGCUGCGUCUUCCUGUACUUCAUGCCGGACAAUCAGCUGAAUGCGAGGUUCUUGACUACGCAGGAGCGAUUAAUGGCUCUUGAGCGAAUCAGGAAGAAUCAGCAGGGGGUGGGAAACAAACAUUUCAAGAUGUACCAGUUAAAAGAAGCGCUGACGGACCCUAUGACAUGGGCAUUCGUAUCUUUCGCAUUGGUUGCGGACAUCCCGAAUGGUGGCAUAUCAAUCUUCUUCUCGCAGCUGAUCGUUUCGUUUGGAUACACGUCUGACCAAUCCCUACUCUAUGGAACGCCCGGUGGAGCCGUUGAAGUAGUGUUCCUCAUUGUCUGUGGAUAUCUGGGAGACAAGCUCGGUCGGAUAGUCCCAGUGGGAAUGUCCGGAAUGGUCGUCUCCGUCGUGGGCAUGCUCCUGAUCGUCUGCCUGCCCCUUUCUCGAUCGGGAGGCCGUCUCGCCGGCUAUUACCUAACCCAAUCCUCGGCCACGGGCUUGGUCGCUCUCCUCUCACUGAUCUCGUCCAAUGUCGCCGGUUACACCAAGAAGGCGACCGUCGGAGCCCUUUACCUGAUCCCGUACUGCAUCGGUAACAUCAUCGGGCCCCGGACCUUCCGACCAAGCGGCGCGCCGCGCUACGUUCCUGCCGAGAUCACGAUCAUCGUUUGCUAUGCCGUCUGUGUGCUCGAAAUGGCCUAUAUCCAUUGGUACUAUGUUCAACACAACAGGGAGAGCGUGGCUGUACGGACACAGCCUGAGUACACACGAGGGGACAAGCAGGAGUUCUUGGACUUGACUGACCGGGAGAAUCCAGAGUUCGUGACAAUGGUCGGACCUUCACCGCACAAACCUCGGCGGAAGGUCAAGAAGACGAGCAAUGGUAGCGAGAUGUCGAUGGCGCCCCUGGCACCCGGCGGACGGCCCGGCGGCACUCGUCCAUCCUACCCUCUCGCAGCUUUUCUCUGGCCGGCGCGAAGCUCAUUAUCACAAUGGGAGACUCUGCCGUUGAUAUUGAUGGCUGUGGGCCUCUUCCGGUGGGCUGCGGGUCUCUGGGGAUUUUCCGGAUUCCAGAACCCGCCUAUGUACGGCGACUAUGAAGCUCAGAGGCAUUGGAUGGAGAUAACGACCCAAUUGCCAGUAUCGCAAUGGUACUUCCACGACCUCGAAUGGUGGGGAUUAGACUACCCGCCCCUGACCGCAUACCAUAGCUGGCUGUUGGGUAAGGUUGGAGGAGUGAUAGACCCCUCGUGGUUCAGCCUCCACGCAUCUCGCGGAAUCGAGGACCCUGCGUUGAAGAUUUUCAUGCGCGCUUCGGUUAUUGUGUCGGAAUACCUGAUCUACAUACCCGCGGCUGUCAUAUUCGUCAGGAGGCUUACCAAGCUCAAGGGCAUCAAUUCAUGGAAUGCUUCAAUUGCACUGACUGCAAUUUUGAUGCAGCCCGGGACAAUCUUAAUCGAUCACGUACAUUUCCAGUACAAUACUGUCAUGCUUGGAUUGGUUUUGGCUAGCAUGUCGAGCGUUUUUGCCGGACGAUACAUGUGGAGCUGUGUAUUUUUUGUUCUGGCUCUGGGGUUCAAGCAGAUGGCAUUAUAUUACGCGCCAGCUAUGUUUGCAUAUCUCCUGGGAGUCUGUAUCUUUCCCAGGAUCAAUAUUUCUCGGUUCCUGGGCAUUGCUGUGGUUACGCUGGUAUCAUUUGCCCUACUCCUACUUCCCCUGGUGUUGGGAGCUUUGUACGAUGCUCACAGAGGCAUCGAUGCUCGACCAGAUCUCUUUGGUCGAUUUGCUCCAUUGCCGAUCUUCAGCGAAUACUCAUACCUUGUCAACUUCAAGGCUUGGUACUAUCCGAUCAUCCAACAACUGGCCCAGAUGGUACAUCGGAUCUUUCCUUUCGCACGUGGUCUGUUCGAGGAUAAGGUUGCAAAUUUCUGGUGUGCUUUGAACGUCAUCAUCAAGCUCAAGAAAUACCCAUCCGAGCAGCUUCAACAAGCAUCGUUGCUUCUCACGCUUGCAGCGAUCACACCACCAUGCUUCGUCAUAUUUGCCAAGCCAAAGAAGGAGCUUUUGCCACUGGCCCUUUCUACCACCGCGUGGGCUUUCUUCUUGUUCAGCUUUCAAGUACACGAAAAGAGUGUUCUGUUACCGUUAAUGCCUAUGACUUUCCUACUUGCCGGUAAGCAUGGGCUAAGCAAGAGCACACGUGCUUGGGUUGGAUUCGCAAACUUGCUUGGAGUUUGGACAAUGUUCCCCUUACUCCAACGAGUAGAGCUUAGAAUACCAUACUACGUCCUUUCGCUGCUUUGGGCGUAUCUACUUGGUCUUCCACCGACCUCAUUUGCCGUCUACAAGCAAGACGAGCAUGCCACAUUCGCCGGGUUCGCGACAACCUCGAUCCAUAUGAUUUUCUACCUUGUCAUGGCCUUGUGGCACGUUGCGGAGGCCAUUUUGUUACCACCCACAGGCAAACCAGACUUAUGGGUUGUACUCAACGUUGGUGUGGGAGCUUUUGGAUUUGGGAUAUGCUAUCUGUGGUGUUUCGUGACUUUGGUCGGAGAGAGUGGACUGUUGAUAUUCUCGAAGAAUGAGGUCAAGAAGGCCAAGUCCCAAUAA